AUGCUCCAUAUGCUUUUGUGCUUGACUUUCCACGUGUGCAUGGCUGAUAAGACUAGUUUUAACAGUUCGGCUCGGGGAUUGGCUUACCUACACCACGAUUGCUCCCCAACGAUAGUCCAUCGGGAUAUAAAGUCGAGCAACAUACUACUUGAUGAGAAUUUUGUGCCUCGUGUUUCGGAUUUUGGUCUUGCCAAGCUAUUGGACGACGAAGAUUCUCAUGUCACGACUGUGGUUGCCGGCACAUUCGGCUAUCUAGCUCCGGAGUACUUGCACAGCGGUAGGGCCACCGCGAAGUCGGACGUUUAUAGCUUUGGAGUGCUUCUCAUGGAGCUCGUAACCGGAAAAAGACCCACCGACUCAUCUUUCGUUCCAGAGAGGUCUGAAUAUCGUCGGCUGGGUACAUCUCCAAUGAAUGAGCGUUUGAGGGGAAAUCAGCUGGGUGUCGUGCUCGACAAAAGAUGCUCGGAUGCGGAUUUCGAGACGGUCGAGUUAGUUGUAGAAAUUACGGCAAGAUGUACAGAUGCAAACCCGGACGAGCGGCCCACAAUGCUGGAGCAAGAGCUGAUGACUUCUGCAUACCUAACCGAGUUUUACGACUCGCAUUAGGACAAGUGAUGGUGACGUGGAACUUAUAAUAAACGUGUACAUAUUCCCGAAUGAACUAAUUUGCAUUCGCGCGUUUAUGUUUUUGAAUC